AUGGAAUCCACACCCGUAGACGUCACAAAUAUUAGCCCUGAAGAAUUCCAGAACUUUUUAAAUUCUUUCGAUCAUGUUUUUUCGGAUUGUGAUGGAGUCGUAUGGAGAUUCAGAGCUUUACCACGGGUUGGCGAAUUCUUCGAUUUGAUGAAAAAACAUGGCAAAACAGUUCAUUUUGCAUCAAAUAAUAGUAUGCGAUCUCAAGAAAACUAUGAGGCUAAGUUUAAAGAUGCUAAAAUUGAAAAUGGAUUUCAACACUUAAUCACUCCGUCCGUAGCCAUAGCCGAGUAUUUGAAAACGGCGAAUUUCAAUAAGAAAAAGAAAAUAUAUGCAGUAUCCUGUGAACAAACUAUUAAAGUAUUAGAAUCUUAUGGCUAUUCAUGUAAAAAAGGGCCAGAUGUAGGUUAUGAGAACUUUGAAGACCACAUCGAAUAUUUACAAGACGAUCCAGAAAUCGGUGCAGUUGUCGUUGAUAACGAUUUAAAUGCAAAUCUAGCGAAGAUACAAAGAGCUGUUACGUACUUGAAGAAACCUGAUGUUUUAUUUUUAGGCGGAGCCACAGACCGAUAUGUUUAUCAUAAGCAAGGAUGUUCCGCUUUAGAUUGUGGUAUAUUCACCGAAAUUAUAGCUGCAGAAUCUCAUCGAGAUCCCAUAAUAUUGGGUAAGCCUGGCAAAUUAUACGCAGAAUCAGCAAUGAGAAAAGAAGGUGUCACUGAUGCCAGUAGGGUUCUGUUUAUUGGCGAUUUAAUUGAUCAAGACGUAGGCUUAGGAAAGGCAGCUGGAUUUAAGACGUUGAUGGUUCUCAGUAGUAUAUCUAAAGAGGAAAUGCUAGCCCAUAAAAUUAGACCUGAUUAUUAUGCUGAUUCACUAGCAAGUAUUGUACCAUUCCUUUAG